AUGAAGGCGAAGGCGAAGGCGAAAGCCAAAGUCAAGGCGUCUGCGAAAGCCAAAGUCAAGGCGUCUGCGACGUCAAAUGAAAACCUUGGCCCUGAGACUUCUGAGACCACAGAUCCCCAAGAUGCAGCUGAAAAAAAUGAGUCGACAGAAGAGUCCAAGAACAAGGAAAACGUGACGCCGAAGAGAAAGUCGGCCUUGAGGAAGCGCCCGGCAUCAGCUGAGAAAACCGAAGAGACCAAAGAGACCAACGAGACCAAAGAGACUGAAGGAGAGGAAGCUGAGCCUGAGGCACCAGGACCAGCCUCUGGGUCCGGUGCCUCUGGGUCCGGUGGGACUGGUGAGCCAGAGAAGAAGGACGGCCAGAAAGAUGCCAAGAAGCGCAAGGUCCAAGGGAAGAAUCCUGCAGGUGAGAAGAUUUCCAACCCUUACUGGAUCAAGAACAACCACAAGUUCGGCAUCAAAGUGGACGGGAAAGAGAAAGUCCGUGUUCCAUGGCCGCUGUGGAUCAUUGUUUUCAACAUGUCAAAAUCUAUCAGCAUUUAG